UCCUCUCCACUCUCCCACUUUCUUUUGUUUCUUUGCACAUUGAUGUUGGUGCUUCCAUGCUCUUCCUCCCUCUCUUCCUCUGACAAUAGGCUUCACAAGUUUCAAGGUUCUGAAAUCUUUCUGCAAGCCCCUGGGCAUCCAAAUUCCACCAUGAGGCUGGUGUUGGGAAUUGGGUCCAAGGCCAGGAAGUUCUUGGCUACAUCCUCAGUGAAGGAAAAUGUUCUCAAUGGGGAAGGUUCAGCUGGGCAAUUGGAGUCCAAGGGAGAGAACGUGGAUGAUGGUUGUGAUGCUAAGAUCACUGAUAUCGAUAAUAAAGAGGAGGCAUUCUUUGACUCACAGGCAUGGUUAGAUUCUGAUUGUGAAGAAGACUUUGUCAGUGUUAAUGGAGAUUUUGUUCCUUCCAGAGGCAGUACUCCUAACUAUGAGAUGAGUAACAAUGAGCCACUCAUCUUCUCUGCUGACACUUCUCCUCAGACCAAAUCUGAGCCCCCUCCAACUGCUGAGAAGAAGAGACUUGCUCAACUUCUUCAGGAGAACCGACUCGAGGAAGAACUCGGCAUCAAACAAGAUGAUUCCAAUAGCAAGGUAAAGAUCAAUGGAAGAUCAGGUAUCUGUAAGCUUGAUGCAGAACAUCAUCUUCCAGAAGUCUCUGCUGAAGAUGCUACUGAAAUGCCUGGCACUAAUUCUCCCUGCACAAAAGAUGGGCUUCCAAGUAAAGAUUACAGUGACCAGAAAGAUAAAAUGGUGAAGACCCAGCAGUGUUGCCUGCCAAGCUUGGCACACAGCCUUAGCUUUAGAGAGAGAAGGAAGAGGAAGCCACAGUGAAUGAACCCUGUUUUCCUGAAGCAGUGUUCCUGUUAGUUAUUGUUGAUCCCAGCAAUCAAUAAAGAACUCGUCUGCAUAAGGAACCUAGUUUUCUGUGAGAAGCUGAAAGAAUUCCUUGUUCUCAGUGGGGAAGGGUGAGAAAACUGAUAUAUCGUUUAGAGGCUGUAUAUUACUUGUAUUGUUCUUGCCUGAUAUUGUUCAGCUUUAUAAUAAUUCUCAUGAAUUUGA